ACUCAGACUCAGAUGUGACAAGUUCGCCUUUGUCUGAACCGCUGCGUAUGGAUCAGUUCAAGGGGGUGUCCAGUCGAAAACCUUUGAUAAUUCCCUUCCACAGCUCAUGUAUAUCUAAUUGAUUGAAACGAUCUCUGCUGUGAAGCGCAAACAUCUGAAUACUCGCCCCCUUUUCGCUCAAUUUAACGUAUGGUAUUAGUAUUUCCUUUCCGAACAAUGAGCACGUCGACACGUAAGGAAAUGACUGCUGUUUCUUCAUCAUAACGCUCAAUGGAUACUCAGGACAAUGGAUAAACGGUACUUGGUUUUCAUAUAUAUAUCACUGGGAAUCGAAUAUCUCUUUCUCAUCGAUCUCUAUAGCCUCCUGCUCUCCAACUUCUUCUAAAACACAAUCAACUUAUUGAUACCUUCAUCAAGCAUGCCGAAACUACAAUUUGUGACUCUUAAUCUCAUAGGACGUGAUGGGAAAAUCAUACCCGAGAAGCGACAAAAACCAACACAAUCUUGGUCGAGCAUGAGUGUCACUUGCGAUGUACCAGGUGGAAGUUUCUUCGGUAUCAGAUUAUCAUCAACCCCAUUACCUUUUGAUGUAGUGGUGAAAGUAUGGUUGGAUGGGUUCUUUGCCGCUGGACGGUGUUUUCUUGCUGGAGACUCGCAGCCAAUUAUCGAGUAUGACAUCUCUCACAUCCAAAAUAGCUCAAAGUUGACCGGUAGUAGGUUUCGGAUGUUGGAUUACGAGGAUCCAAGGGAAUACUGUGAAGUCCAGGUGACAAUUCACAGGUGCUGCAUAGGAGAGAAGUACGCAUCUGAUCUCACAAGCCAACAUGACGAAAAUCUCAAUCAAGAAUCUCUUCCUCCUUCACCUACAUCAUCACGUGGAAGUUCUUUUGCACGGCGCGGGUGUCUUAAUCAAGUAGAAGAAAGUCCGAUAAUCCUUCACGAGGACCCCAACCCUUAUCUCAUGAUUACAUGGAAGUGCAGAGCAGUUUGAGAUCGGAUCACUAGUUCAUUUCACCUCACUUCAACCAUCAAUUCUCACAUGCAGUCAAGCUAUAGCUACCGUGAAAUUUGGUGACUUCUGAACUCUGUUUUCGAAAGAGUGGAUUCAAUGAUCUCAUCAGCUCCAACUGACCGCCGAAUCACUCGGUCAAAAGAUUCACCAAACCACUGGCACUCAGUCACAUAAGAUUCUUGAUUGUUCUCCUUUUAUAUUUGCACCUCAUAGAUUUCAAUUUUUCUCUAGAAUCUCAAAUACCAGAUGUACCAUAUUUCAAAAAAAAAGUUUGAGUUCAUCAAAUGUGUAUAACUUCUCACUCGUGUUCUUGAUAAAUUAUCCCCUUGGGAGUUUUUUGCAUUCUUAAAUUUCUUCUUUGAUGAAUC